ACGAUUCCGGGUGUCGACUACGGUGUGCGUGUGUCGCGUUGUUCACCGCGCAUGGUCGAAAAGAACCACCCUGCUCCUUCUAAUUACUUUAAUCGGGAGAAGGCCGAGCCUAUUCGACGCGCGUACCCCGUGUGUCCGGUGUUCCUUGAGAGGCGCACGUUACAAGGUGCACAUUCGCAGAAUCGCACGACGAAAAUGGCGGCGUGAAUCUCUAUCGGUGAUUAGACUCGUCGAUCAUCGGCGGGGAUCAAACAAGUUCUCUUCGCGAUCGUCGAAACGUGGAUUCGUCCAUGACGAGCGUGUUGGCGACCGAUACCUUGACACGGCACUCGUGAAACGCGGUGAAGUUGACAAGAUCCGCGACACAGUCGGCGGUAAUGCGCGUGAACGAACGUAAAAAGUCCGUUACCCUCGGUAUUUCGCGCGGCGUCGCGGUAUUCGUUGUCCCGCUGAAAAUUGAGAAAGUGCCGAGCGACGAUUCAAACAACGAUCUCUCGAUAAUCGAGCGUUACUCAAACGUCGACGGCGAUUACUAAAUCUCGUGGAUCACGGUGUUACGGCGGGAUCGUAACGAGAAAUCGACCGAUGAACUAGAACGAAGCGACCGGGCAACCGUCUCGAAGUCGAACAGCGUGCUUGGACACGAUCGCGCUCGAAUGGGGGGUGACCGUUUGAAAAGUUGUCGCGAAAUAGCAGCGGUCGAAGCAGUGCUCGCGGAGGUGAAUCGCCGCACGUAGUAGGAAUUCUGGUUCGUCGCGAACGAAGGAAUUACCUGAGAACGUAUCGUGGAAGCGGAGGAGCGCACGAGGAGCGAAAGGCGGCAACGGGAGGACGAGGAACAGAGAAAGAGAGAGACGUCGCGGAAUAUGAAAAUCGGUGGAUCGUGCGUCGUCGUGCCGGACGUAGUCGAAUGAGAGGUAGCAAGAGAACAAGGCUUGUCCGGAUGGGAGUAGCAGCGGUUACUGGAUCGUCGAUUCCUUCGAGAUCGAAACAACGAGACCGAGGAGAAAGACGCUCGUGUUGUUCGGGACCGACCACAGGGAGAUCGAGCGUGCAACGGACGUUGGAGCGAUGGGAACGACCACCGGGAGGUACGGUGGUAUGGAGAUGAGGCACUCGAGGAGCGAGGAUUUGCUCGGCGUGAUAUCUGGCUCGCGUUCCCCGAGCCCUAGCGUGCCUUUGCCGAGCACCGCCUCCGAGGAUGACCUGAUCGCGGCCAGCGCCCUCCACGAGGCCACCGACUCGAAACCACCUCCGUGUCCCUUGUUAUCCUCGAGGGUCGUGGGAGCACCGGGCGUCCCGGCGGAUCGCAUCGAUCCCGAGGAUUCCAUACGAGACAUCGUUACCGAGAAUGAUCUCUACAGGUUCGUGUUGUUCAAGCGCCACUACGACAAAUACAUCGCCCUGUCCGCCAAGUAUGAGGAAGCCAAGGGUAUCGCGUAUUACCUGGAGGAACGUUAUCACGAAGUCAAGGCCGAGAGAGACAAACUGGAGGAGAAUCGACGACUGUUGGAGAAGCGGUUGGAGGGUUGCGAAUCUGAACUUCGCAGCAAGGAGGACGAGCUCUUUCUGCAGCUGGAACGAAGUCUCCGGCUAGAGGAAGAGAUGGAGAGAGCUAAAACUGAUCGAGACAGCUGCGUGGCGGCGCGGGAUCGUCUAGACAGGCAACGCGAGGUGGCUUUGCGUCGUCUGCAGAUGCAACUGGCGCAAAACGAGAUUACAAGGCAGACUCUGGAACGAGCUCGACAGGAUGUCGUCAGGCAGGCUACUGUUAUCCGUGCCGAGCGAGAUGCGCUCGAGAGAGAGAACGAAAUAUUAAAGGAGAAGCUGCGCGUAGAGCAGGGCGAAUUAGGCGAGGAGAGACGCAGGCGAGAAGAGGGCGUCGCAGCCCUGACCCGAGAAACAAUCACGUUGAGGCACGCGGCGCGACAUCUUCGUGCGGCGACGCUUCACGCCACAUCUUGCCGUCGUCGUAGGCGAUGUUCCGUUUGUCUGUACGCGAGACGCACUUUCGCGGAAAUCGACGAUUAUCGCGACGACGGCAAUCUAUUCAAGUGCCUUCAAGCACCGUUGCAAGAUCUGCGUACUUGGUUGCGACCGGCAGCAACUCCGGCGACGUCGUCGUCGCGCGCACAGAGGACCAAUUCGCCGUUGGCUGAUCGAGAAAUAAGCUACAUCGACGAGUCCAGCGUGGACAGUAGCGCCGGCGGCAGCAACGGCAGCAGCACCAGUACAACCAGCAGCAACAGUGCUUCGGACGACGAGGCGUAUCCGAGCACCCCGGUCGCUGAAAUCUCGCUUUCGUCGGCCAACUCUAGUGCUCCGCCUACAGCCAGAGCCUUCUCUUCCGAUUCAGGGUUCUCUUCGGAAAUCGGAGACCGAAGAUCGCGAUGUUAUGAGAACGGAGGUAGCAGCACUAGCAGCAGCAGCGGCAAAAGCAGAAAGAUCAGCGAGUCGCUUAGCUGCAGCGAACCGGACGAGCAAAGCACAGCAGGAUUUAAUCGAUCGAGAUGGACUUCGUCGUUUCGCAAGUUACUCGGACGUAAACCGAAGACCAAAUCCACGCCCGAUCGUCCAUCGUAAAGAAACGAAGACUGAGAAGCGCGUCGAUGCAUCGUGCACGAAUACACGUAGUGCGAAAUCACCGUGAAAUUUAGUGCUCCCGCUCUUUUUCGGCCUCAUCGUUGAUCCAUCGAAAUUUACAUUCGCUUUGAUCCGUGAAACAUUCCAACAGAAAUAUCGUCGAAAGAUAGAAGCCAAAUCGGUACUGCCAAUGUAUUGAUAUUAAUGGGGAUCGCGGAGAUAUCCUAAUAGUAACGUCGAAUUGAGUUAACUACACGUUUCAAGCUACGCUUGAUAGAAACUUAUCCUCGCAACCGAUCGUUCCGAUCGUUUUACUAGUAGUUUACUUUCCCGUAUACAUAUAAUACCCUUUGGCUGACUUGUCGACCGUUAAGACUCGUGACAUUACGUAGGAAUUGAAUUUUAAACGAUUAUUAGCGCGAACGAUCGAUUUGAAUUGGUAUAGGCGCGUACGAUGUUAGUUAGGGGAAGAGUAUGUUAAAAGAUUAUCAGAGUUCGAUGCGAAAUUUUUAAACGACUUGUUUCCAAUUGGACGACGAAACGACGUUAUUGUUCAGAACGUGUUUUAGGUUGUUGUCGCUGUACUGUUAUUGUUAGGGUAACUGUUGUCUUAUUAGCCAAAGAACAUAGUACAUUUAUAUGCGAACGAACGUUUAAUCGAUCGAUCGCGAUUCGAUUCUUUGGAUAAAUCGUAGAAUUACGAGUGUUGAACGUUACAAUCUUUUUCUAGGGUCGAGUGAAAUUUUCAACAUUUUUUCGUAGUAAAAUAUUACCCGAAAACUUGAAUAUGUUUUUUCUGUAUACGAUGGUAUACAUAUACGUUAAAACCAAAUAUAGAUAAUGUUAACUCGAAUAACGAGUUUCUCCUAAAAGUUGUUGUCUAGUGUAACGUACGCAUAAUUGAGAAAUUUCAUUCAAUUAGUCUGAAAAUUGAAAGGUUACACAAUUCGAAGUGUAUAAAAAGAAAUUUAAACGUAUAUUAAUCUGCAUUUAUCCAACCGAUUAUGUAUGGUCAAUAACCGAUUGUUGAACACGUGACAAUUUCGCA